AGAUAUUGUUUGGUAUCUUUCUUGUAGCUGAAUGGUAUAUUUUAAAAGUUAAAAAGCGGUCACACUGCUUGCUUAUCAACAAACCGAGAUGUUGAUUGUUUUCAUAUGCUGGCUGUUGGUAUGGCUACUAGGCAUAGUCUGUGCAAUUUUCUUUGGCCUUCGGCAAUGGAUUACUCACCAUAAACAGAAGCUACACAGCUCAUCGUCGGAAAAAAGAUUACAUGUUGGCAUUUUCCACCCGUACUGUAAUGCUGGUGGUGGAGGUGAACGUGUCCUAUGGUGUGCGGUGAGGGCUUUGCAGAAAAAGUACGAUGGCAUUAAGAUAGUCAUUUAUACCGGCGACAUUGACUCAACGCCGAGUGCAAUUUUACAGAAAGCCAAGAAUGUUUUUAAUAUUUCAUUUGACAUCGAUCAAAUAACAUUUGUAUUUUUAAAACAACGGCAUUGGGUUGAAGCACGAAAAUAUCCCCAUUUCACUUUGUUGGGACAAAGCCUAGGCUCAAUCGUUAUGGGCUUGGAAGCUGUUUGCAAAUUUCCUCCAGAUAUUUUUAUCGAUACCAUGGGAUAUGCAUUUACAUAUCCGGUGUUUCGUUUUCUAGCUGGCUCUAGGAUAGGGAGCUACGUCCAUUAUCCUGUCAUAAGCACCGACAUGCUUAAAAAGGUCCAAUUUCGUCAAUUAGCACAUAAUAACAAGGCUUAUGUAGCGAGAAAUCCUUUCCUCACCUGGAUUAAGCUUACGUACUAUCGUCUGUUUUCAAAGAUGUACAAGUGGGUAAGCAGGUGCUCGGAAACUAUAAUGGUUAAUUCAUCAUGGACAGAAAAUCAUAUUGUUGACUUAUUCGAUGUUCCUUUAAGAACUCAUCGAGUGUACCCACCUUGUGACAUUGCACAUCUUAAGAAACUUGAACAUGUAGGGAGAAACAAUGAUAUCCUUAUAUUAUCAGUGGCACAGUUUCGACCAGAAAAAAACCAUCCUCUCCAAUUGCAAGCAUUAUACGAGUUACGAACUCUUCUGUCUAGAAACGAAGAUCUAUGGAAUCGUAUAAAACUAGUCAUUGUUGGAUCCUGUCGUAAUGAUGAUGAUUAUGAGAGGCUAAAGAAUAUGCAAGACCUUGCAAAACAUCUUUCUCUUGAAAAUUCUAUUGAAUUCAAAGUAAAUGUUUCAUAUGACGAACUUUUGAAACUAUUUCAACAAUCCAAAAUUGGUAUUCAUACUAUGUGGAAUGAACAUUUCGGAAUUGGAGUUGUAGAAUGUAUGGCAGCAGGUCUCAUUAUGAUAGCUCACAAGUCUGGAGGUCCACUACUUGACAUUGUUGAGACUUCUGAAGGCAGCCAAAAUGGUUUUCUUGCAACAGAUGCUAUUGAAUAUGCUGGAAGUAUAUUGAAUAUCAUACUCAAUCCUCCAGAAUUGAAUGCAAACAUUGUUAAUGCAGCAAGAUCAUCCGUUGAGAGAUUUUCUGAAAAAGAGUUUGACGAUCAAUUUCUACGUGCAAUAUCAGCCAUUUUUGUGUAAAACUGUUGUUUUCCCAAUUGCAAAUUAUUUAUUUAAUUCGUCCCAAAGAAAAAACAA